AUGGGCCAAGACCUUUCCAAUGGGACGUACGAGCCGGUGAAGAAAGAGAUCAAGAAGCCCAAGCUGCCCAACUCCUGCCUGAAGCAUGCGCUCGGGGCCAUCUUGCCGGGCUUCUGCGUGACUUACCUCUGGAGCCAAGCGGACGAAUUCCGGGCCACCAAGUUUUUCCUAGGAGCCAGCAUCGGGUGCCUGUUUGCCAUAGGCCUGUCCUACCUCCUGAUUUUCCCCAUGUCCAUCACCGAGGAGAACAAGAUUGACCUGAUGAGCACCAUGGCAGGUGUGGCCGCCUUUGGGUGGGCCACCUCCCCACACUUCCGCUGCGCCUCCCUCCUGGUGGUCCCCAAGUUCAUCGGCAAGGAAGGGCGCAUCUACGUCCUCACCUACGUCUUCAUGGCCAUCUACAUCGGCCCUGUGGCCAACAUCCGGCACAACCUGAACGAAGUGGUGCGCUCCAUCAGCUGCACGGUGGAGCUGCAGAUCGCCAACGCCAAGCGCUCCUGGAAGGUCUCCACUGCGCCCUUGCGCAAGAUUCUGAAGGACAUGGUGAGGAGCGGCAAGACUCUUCGGACCGAAACCCAGGAGGUCUCCAAGUCCUUCUCCAAGCUGAAUGACCAAGUGGCCAGCAAAGCCGGGUAUGAUGAGCGCUCCAUGCGGGCCAAAGGGCGGAAGGGGAAGCCCUCCACACAAGAGGCCUACGAGGCCAAGACAGAGAAGCGCUGCUCCCACAUCAUUGACAAGUCCAUUGUCCGCUGCCAGGCCUGGUUCUCGACCAAGUACCGCGACUGCCUCCGCACCAUUGUUGUCCCUCUGGUCAGCCACUUGCUCUGCAUCCCCAUGAAGUUCAGCAUCCUCUGCCAUUUCGCCCGUGUCAUGUACACUUGGUGUCGGGACAAGAUCCCCGUGGAAGGAAACUUUGGCCAGACCUACGACCGGGUCAACGGCUCCGUGGACAACCUGAACCAGGACUUCACGGCCACUUUGGUCUACAAGGAAGAAGAGCAGUCCAUGCUGAUGGGGGCCAACCUGACGGCCCACAAGCACCUGGCGGACGACGUGAAUGAGGAGCUGGCCGAGCACAGCAAGCGCCUGGCCUCCGCCAUGUCCAUCUUCCGCGUCCUGCUCUCCGCCACCUUCAUCAUCAUCUUCGCCUCGGCCUUUUCCUACACAAACAGCUACAACCAGGACAUCCGCUUUGACAAUAUCUACAUCUCCAGAUAUUUCCGGCUGAUUGACGCUCGCCGUCGCAAGCAGAACAAGCGCACCUUGCUGCCUUUGCGCCGAGCCGAGCAAAGCAGUGUCGUGGAUCCGCUCCAUCUCUCUUUCCAGUCGGCGGAAACCAAGACCGUGAUGGGCGAAUUGCUGGGCUGCAUGCCGGCCUUGCUCUUCCUGAUGAUCACCUGCUCCCUGGACUACCUGCUCUACACCAUUUUCAGCACCAUCCGGCACCACUCCUUCGUGGAGUACUCCUUCCGCAGCAGCCACCACUUGGAGGUCAUCGUCGGUGGGAAAGGCAUAAUGGCGCGACUCCUCCGGAGCACUAUCGGUGCACUGAACACUUCCUCCGAGACGGUGAUGGAGGCCAACAACCUGGAGUGUCUCCCCGAAACCCGAAAAAUGACCCGGCAGCAAUACCUGACCUGCGCCGUUCCGCUGGGCGCACUGAUGGUGCUCUGCUUUGUUCAGGUCUACGCUUUCCGGCUCCGGCGAGUCAUUGCCGCCUUCUAUUUCCCCAAGCGUGAGAAGAAGCGCAUCCUCUUCCUCUACAACGAGAUGCUGCGGCAGCGCAUGUCCUUCAUCGAUGUGCAGCGCAAGCGCAUCAUCCUCCGCGCUCGCAAGAACCAGCGGCUGGCCAAGCCACUGGUGGACCGCCUGGGCCGCUGGUUCCCCUCCUUGCGGCGCUUCAUCAUCCGGCGCUGCAUUCUUUGCAACCUCCCCGAGUCGCCCCGCUCCUUCCUCUGCCCCAACGAGGACUGCGGGACCCUCUACUGCCGACUCUGCUGGCAGGACAUGGGGUGCCGGUGCUUCGCCUGUGACCCCCAGGCCGUCCUCUCUGACGACGACAGCGACAGCGACACGUCCGGCGGUUAUGCCGAUUAG